AAAACGGCAAACUAAAUUUUGAAAUGGUCACACCUGCAGCCCCAAAUUUUUUUUUGUUAAUUACAAAAACGGCGACUAAUUCUAAUUCUGCGCCAAAAGUCACACGCCUCGCGUCUUCCCGCGUCGCCAUGCACAGCCGCAGUUUGCUGCCGGACCCGGCUGUCUACCACCCGGACACCCUGGACCUCAACACGGACGGAAAGGCGGCGGAUUAUUGGUUCCGGUGCUUCAGGGACAUGGUCGCCAAGUUCGCCAAGGUGGCGGCCAACUCGCAGGCGGAGGAUCACACGGCCCCCCAGCGGGCGGAGCAGUUCCAAGCGGCCUAUCUACAGCAGCUGGACGAGCAUCAGCGCAAUGUGCCGAUCAACAAGGGCAAGGUGGUACUGGGCACCAGUGAGCUGCUCCAGCUGAACGAAAACAUGUUGCGACGCUUUGGGUUCGCCGAUCCCUGGCUGAGACAAAAGAAACUGGAGAAUGCCUCGGCGGUGGCGCGUUUAAAGCAGCGCCUGCAGGAACUCGAUGCCCUGGAGGAUGAGGACACCCGGUGGACAGAGCUGGUGCGUGGAGUCCUUGCCGGCAACAUGUUCGACUGGGGCGCCCAGGCCAUAUCCAAUAUCCUCGAGCAGGACAGCAAUUUCGGCCUUCAUUCGGCCUUGGAGCGCAUCGAGAAGCGGCCCUGGCUGCUGGACAAUCUGGACAGCUGGUUAAAUCGCCUCAAGGGAGAGCCCCACAAGUGCGCCGUGGUCUUUGUGGACAACAGCGGUGUGGAUGUGGUGCUGGGCGUGCUGCCCUUUGUGCGUGGACUCCUAAAACGAGGCACCAAGGUGCUGCUUUGCGCAAACAGUGAACCCGCUCUUAAUGAUGUGACCAGUGAGGAGCUGAAAUCCCUUUUAGAUGAAUGCUCGCGGGAAUGUGAGGUGCUGGAGAAGGCCUGGUCGCAGGGACAACUACUGGUCUACGCAAAUGGACAGACUGGUCCCUGCUUGGAUAUGCGCACUUUGCCGCAGGAACUGUGCGAUGCCAUCGCUGCCAAUGAGACUGAUCUGCUCGUUAUCGAGGGCAUGGGACGGGCCCUACACACGAACCUGAAUGCCCGCUUUGCCUGCGAGACCCUCAAGCUUGCCGUGAUCAAGAACACCUGGCUGGCCAAGUACCUGGGCGGCGAGGCCAUGUUCGCCGUCAUCUGCAAGUUCGAACCGGCCGCGCCCAGCUAGUCCAGGAGCCACUGCGUCGUCGUCGUUGUCGUCGUCGUCCAUUGUUAUCCCCUGUUGACAGACAAACAAAGCCCACGUCCGAAGAUUGCGAUCGCCAGCCAGUGGGGGUCCUUGUUGAGUUCGAAAUUAUUGUUAUGAUCCACUAUACACCCGCAACCCAAUCCCAUACCUCGAUCUACGAUAUGAGAUUCAUAAUUGUAUAAAUUUAAUCUUAAUGCAAGUGCUUUUGUGGUCACCUCACCCAUAUAACCGCUAAAACUUUUAAUAAUUAAAAACAAGAAUAUAUAAUAA